UUAUCAACCAAUCAGUGUUCUGCUUUCAUUAUGAUCAACGAACAAGCGCCCUUUUUGAUCACAUUCUUCGCUGUUUUGUUUACUGAUCCAAAGUAGAAUUUACUGGUGGACUGCAACAAGAUGCCAGUGUUAGCAGAACCAGAGCAAGGCAAGGUUGAGGGUGAAGUAGAAAGCCAGCCCAUGGAUACCAAUGAAUCCAUUCCUCAGGAACCCUCGACUCCCACAGCACAACCCAGGCUCAUGAUCACACAGAUUGUGACUGAAAACUUCAAGUCUUAUGCUGGCAAAGUUGUCCUUGGCCCGUUCCAUAAGAGUUUCUCCUGCAUUAUUGGGCCGAAUGGAAGUGGAAAGUCUAAUGUCAUCGAUUCCAUGCUGUUCGUCUUUGGCUACCGUGCUGCAAAGAUUCGAUCCAAGAAACUGUCAGUACUCAUACACAAGUCAGAGGAUCACAAGGACCUGAAGAGCUGCACCGUUGCUGUCCACUUUCAGAAGAUCAUUGAUACAGGGGCCGGGGUUGAUGAGUAUGAAGUGGUACCCAACAGUCAGUUUGUGGUGUCAAGGACAGCACACAAGGACAACAGCAGCAGCUACUACCUUGACGGAAAGAAGGUCAACUUCAAAGAAUGCACAGCUCUCCUCCGGCAAGCUGGAGUAGACCUCGAUCACAAUAGGUUCCUCAUCCUACAGGGAGAGGUUGAGCAGAUAGCCAUGAUGAAACCCAAAGCCCAGACAGAACAUGAGGAAGGCAUGCUAGAAUACCUUGAGGACAUCAUCGGAAGCAACCAGUUCAAGGAACCCAUCGAGGAGCUCGCAAAGAAAGUAGAAGAACUGAAUGAGGAAAGGGGUGAGAAGUUAACUCGUGUCAAGGCAGUGGAAUCAGAGAUGGAAGAGUUGGAGAAACCGAUGAAAGAAGCCCAGGAAUUCCUCAAGACUGAGAAUGAGGUUACCAAGAAAAAGAACAAACUCUACCAGAAGUACAUCUCUGAGUGUAAUGAGAAUGAAGCCAAGGCACAGGAGAAGAGGAAAGCCGUCCAGGAUGGACUGAAAGAGAUGGAGGAAGGUCUCAAAUCUCUGGCUUUAGAGAACAAAGAGAAGAUCAAGGAACACAAAAAACUCUACAAACAAUAUGAGAAACUUGCAGAAGUAGCAGAGCAGAAGAAAGCAGACUUUGCUGAAUUUGAGAGGCAAGAUGUGAAAUGUCGAGAAGACCUGAAACACACCAGAGAAAAACAGAAGAAACUUGUCAAGAACUUGCAGAAAGAGAAGACAAAGCUGGAAGGUUUACUGAAAGUCCCGGGGGAAAGUGAGAUUGAGAUCGAGGAACUUGAGAAGCGUAAAGUGAGUCUGGAGGAGAAGCUUAAAGUAGAAGAGGGUAAGAUGAACGACAUCAUGGCCUCUCUCAAGACAGAGACAAAGGGAUUACAGGCAGAGAAGGAGGCUAAAGAGACAAAACUGAUGGGCUUCCAGAAGGAGCUGAAUGAAGCCAAAUCACAGAAGACGAUAGCGGACUCAGAACUCAAUCGUCAGCGCAAGAAGGUAGAGGGUGCCAGAUCCAAGCUUGAAAAGGCACGUGACAAUGUGAAGACCAUUGCUGAGAAUCUUGUGGAAUGGCAAAGCACUAUCAAGAACCUUGAAAAGGAGAUUCCUGAGAUGGAAAGCAAACUGGAUGCUUCAGAGAAGGAGCUUGUGGAGGUCAGGGAGUCUGAAGGAAAGGCUAGCUCGGGGCUGAAGGAUCUUACCGUGAAGGUCCAGGAGGCACGAAGCUCCAUGCAGUCAGCCAAGGAUAGAGGUACUCUCAUCUCCGCCCUCAUGGAGCAGAAACGGCUUGGCAAGAUCAGCGGCAUUCAUGGACGAUUGGGUGAUCUUGGAGCCAUCGACGACAAGUACGACAUCGCCAUCUCUACUGCCUGCGGGGCACUGGACUACAUAGUGGUCGAUACCAUCGAGACUGGGGAGAAAUGUGUCAGUUUCCUGCGUCAGAAUAAUAUUGGUGUAGCCACAUUCAUCUGUCUCGAUAAGAUCAGACAUCUGGAAAAGAGUGCUUCAUCCAAAAUGACCACACCUGACAACGUGCCUCGUCUGUAUGACCUGGUGCGUGUGAAGGAGGAGAAGUUCCGCAUUGCAUUCUACUACGGUCUUGGAAACACCCUCGUCGGCAAAGACUUGGAACAGGCCACCAAGAUCGCCCUUCAGGGUACAAAGCGCCAUCGUGUGGUGACGCUUAAAGGAGAGUUGAUCGAAUCUUCAGGUACAAUGAGCGGAGGAGGCAAGCAGGUCAGCAAGGGUCGUAUGGGAUGCACCAUCGUCUCCGACGUCACCCCCGAGCAGGUGGCUGCCAUGGAGGCCGAGCUGGAGCAAUGCAGGGUGUCGGCCAGCCAGAAGAGGGACAGGCUGAGGGAGCUGGAGGUGGAAGUCAGCCAGUUGGGGAAGAAACUGAGGGAGGCCAAGCUUGCUGUCAAGAAACACAGUAUGGGCAUCAAGGCUAAAACAGAAGAGGAACAGCUUCUGAAAGAGCAGAUUAUUACAUUUGAAGCAGAGCUAAAGGAGGCCGAGCAGGAGACAGAUUUCAAGACAUUAGAGAAAGCUGUUGAACAGGCUAACAAAGCAUAUGAACAGGUCGCAAGUGUGACAUCCAGCAUCGAAGCUGAAAUCAAGAAACUUCACAACCAGAUCAUGGAAAUAGGGAGUAGUAAGAUGAAGUCCCAGCAGGCGAUUCUGGACAAGCUGACCUCUGAUAUUGACGGAGCAAGCAACGGAAUCACCAAGGCUAAUGUUGCCAUCAAGACAGCCAAGAAGAACAUCAAGCGAUGCGAGGAGAGUCUUGAGAACAUGGAGAAAGAAGAGAAAGAGAAUGCGGAGAUGGUGACAAAGAUCGAGAAGGAAUUCAAGAGGUUGGAAGAAGAUGCUACUAAGGUGCUUGAAGAGUUUAAGGAGUCAGAGAUCCAGCUUAAAGAGAUGGAAGGGACACUGGAAGAGAGCAAAGUUUCGUUGGCUGAGUUUCAGCAGAAAGAGGCGGAUACGAAGGCCAAACAGUUGGAGGUUAAACAUGAGCUAGAGUCCUAUGAUGGCACCAUUAAAGAGAACCAACAGAGAAUAAGGCAUUGGAAGAAAGAGUUGGGCAAGUUAGAGCUUCACAUCAUAGACCGAGAGAACCCUGAGACACUGCCGGAGUAUACGCCAGAAGACCUUGCAUCGGUCAACACUGAGGAUGUUCAGUAUGAGAUCACUGUGGAUGAAGAACAGAUCGCUAAGAUGACGCCAAAUCUCGCUGCUAUUGAGCAGUAUAAGAAGAAGGAAGAGAACUACUUGCAGCGGGUUUCCGAGUACGAGGCGCUGACCGAGAAGCGCAACGAGCAGCGCCGCCAGCUAGAAGACAUGCGUAAGCAGCGACUGGACAUGUUCAUGCGUGGCUUCAGCACCAUCAACGACUACCUCAAGGAGAUGUACCAGAUGAUCACCCUGGGUGGAGAUGCCGAACUGGAACUCCUGGACAGUCUGGAUCCCUUCUCAGAAGGAAUCGCCUUCAGCGUGCGUCCUCCCAAGAAAUCCUGGAAGGUCAUUGCCAACCUGUCUGGAGGUGAAAAGACGCUUAGCUCGCUCUCUCUCGUCUUUGCUCUGCAUCAGUUCAAACCAAACCCUCUCUACGUCAUGGACGAGAUUGACGCCGCCCUUGAUUUCAAGAAUGUGUCCAUCGUCGGCCAUUACAUCAAGGAGAGAACCAAGAACGCACAGUUCAUCGUGAUCUCCCUGCGAAACAACAUGUUUGAGUUGGCCGACCGACUGGUGGGAAUCUACAAGACCCACAACUGCUCCAAGACCGUCACUGUCAACCCCCGCAAACUGGCCAUCAAGAAUACCGUAGAGGUCUCGGGUUAAUCACAAAGGAUACAUAAAUGCUCAAGUUGAAUGGAUUAUGCUAUUGGGUAGUAUAUCCAGGGAAACUGUGCAUAUUUAGUGGGAGAGUCUUUGAUUUGUGGUGAGAGAGCCCCUAUAACCACUAUUUGAGUAUCAUGAAAAUGAAAUAUUAUGGUUCAAGCUCGUGUUCAAAUGUUUAUAUCACUUUGACCAGUACAAAUGAGUGAGUUGUACGCUUAGCACAUAUAUAUAUAUAUAUUGUACAUAAUGUAAAUAAAGCCUUUU